UUUUGAGAACACCUUGGGGGCUGAUCUCUAAAUGCAGCGUGGGCCACCCUUCUUCUUUCCAAAACAGUAGGGGCUCUCAUUCUUGGUGUCCUUUUUCUUCACAAUAGGGCUGAUGAAUCAUUUUGGUGAUAUGUCUUCCUUUAUUUCAAAAUAACCACAGCCAUGAAGUGUUUGUUCAUUACCAGCAUGUUUACAAAGUGGACAAUAAAGGUUGUUUUUUUUACUGUUAAGUUUAUGUUUGUAACUUCCUCUGCUUGUCUCUAUUCCCAAUAGGCUCGGGUUAUGUAUGAUUUUGCUGCUGAACCUGGAAAUAACGAACUGACGGUUAAUGAAGGAGAAAUCAUCACAAUUACAAAUCCGGAUGUUGGUGGAGGAUGGCUAGAAGGAAGAAACAGCAAAGGAGAACGAGGGCUUGUUCCCACAGACUAUGUCGAAAUUUUGCCCAGUGAUGGAAAAGACCCAUUUUCUUGUGGAAAUUCAGUGGCCGACCAAGCCUUCCUCGAUUCUCUGUCAGCGAGUGCCACUCAGGCCAAUUCAUCAGCUGCCAACAGUAAUAACCAGGUCAGCAGUGGCAAUGACCCCUGGUCAGCCUGGAGUUCUUCCAAAUCUGGAAACUGGGACAGCACGGAUGGCUGGGGAGCCAAGCCAGAGGGGGCCGCGGCCCAAAGAAACACCUCCAAUAACUGGGACACUGCCUUUGGUCACCCCCAGGCCUACCAAGGACCAGCAACCGCGGGUGAUGACGAUGACUGGGACGAAGACUGGGACGACCCCAAGGCGGCCGCCCCCUACUUCAAGGAUUCAGAGUCAGCAGAGGCAGGGGCUGCUCAGCGAGGCAACAGCCGGGCUGGUUCCUCCUCUAUGAAGCUGCCACUUAACAAAUUUCCCGGAUUUGCAAAACCUGGUAUGGAACAGUAUUUGUUGGCCAAGCAACUAGCAAAACCCAAAGAGAAAAUUCCUAUCAUUGUUGGAGAUUAUGGCCCAAUGUGGGUUUAUCCUACCUCUACGUUUGACUGUGUGGUAGCAGAUCCCAGGAAAGGCUCCAAAAUGUAUGGUCUCAAGAGCUACAUUGAAUAUCAGCUAACACCUACUAACACUAAUCGAUCUGUAAACCACAGGUAUAAGCACUUUGACUGGUUAUAUGAGCGUCUCCUGGUUAAGUUUGGGUCAGCCAUUCCAAUCCCCUCUCUUCCGGAUAAACAAGUCACAGGUCGCUUUGAAGAAGAAUUUAUCAAGAUGCGCAUGGAGAGACUUCAGGCAUGGGUGACCAGGAUGUGUCGUCACCCAGUCAUCUCAGAAAGUGAGGUUUUCCAGCAGUUUCUAAAUUUCCGAGAUGAAAAGGAAUGGAAAACUGGGAAGAGGAAGGCUGAGAAAGACGAGCUGGUAGGAGUUAUGAUCUUUUCCACCAUGGAACCAGAGGCCCCUGACUUGGACUUACUAGAAAUAGAACAGAAGUGUGAUGCCGUCGGUAAAUUCACCAAAGCCAUGGAUGAUGGUGUGAAGGAGCUACUGACCGUGGGCCAGGAGCACUGGAAACGGUGCACAGGACCAUUACCCAAGGAGUAUCAGAAGAUAGGAAAGGCUCUGCAGAGCUUAGCAACAGUGUUUAGUUCCAGCGGUUAUCAAGGCGAAACGGAUCUCAAUGCUGCAAUAACAGAAGCAGGAAAGACUUACGAAGAAAUUGCCGGUCUUGUGGCAGAACAGCCAAAGAAGGAUCUCCAUUUCCUCAUGGAAUGCAAUCAUGAAUAUAAAGGUUUCCUUGGCUGCUUCCCUGAUAUUAUUGGCGCCCAUAAGGCAGCGAUAGAAAAAGUGAAAGAAAGUGACAAACUGGUGGCAACUAGUAAGAUCACCCCACAGGACAAACAGAACAUGGUGAAGCGAGUUGGUACCAUGUCUUACGCGUUGCAAGCUGAGAUGAAUCACUUCCAUAGCAACCGGAUCUAUGACUACAACAGCGUCAUCCGCCUGUACCUGGAACAGCAAGUGCAGUUCUACGAAACAAUUGCAGAGAAGCUGAGGCAGGCCCUCGGCCGCUUCCCGGUGAUGUAGGACAGAACGGCACACGAAGCGAACUCCCAAGUGUUCUUUCUGACCUGGGGCAACGCGAUGUGAUGUUUUUCCCCUGUCAUCAAAAUCAAAAAGGAAGGAAAGAAAACCAAAAAGAAAUAGAGUGGCAAAAAACUGCAUCUACUUUAUUAACCAACUGAAACGCACCGGUUACUUAGGGAUAGUCUUGUUUUGUUCAUUUCCACAUCCGUUAUUAAAACGAUGGAAAUCGUCUCUAUUUUUGGAAAGUACUUAAAGUUAUCAGAAUUUUGAACAGAAAAUUAGGGGUUUCCCCCACCGAUAUUUUACAUAAAAAUGUAAUUUUUACAUCACCCACGAUCUUCUGGUUCUUACCCAAUGUCAGGUAAUUACUAAUUGCUUUCUUAAAAAUAUGAAGUAUGCCAGAAUAAAAAAUAUAUAUGUUUGUAUAUUUUUAUAACUCUUUUCAGUCCUUUGGGAUUCCUGUCUAUUUAGGAAAACCUACAUGCCUUUCACUGACAUAUUUAUGACUCGGGCGCUCAUGUCUUCGGGAGAGAGGAAGCAAAGAGGGGCUCCUGGGGCGGCCGGCCCCCUCGCGUACGGCUCGGUGGUGGCCCGUGGUCCCAUCAGAGCACGCGCCUGGGCAGAAACUGAGGAUCAGAUUGACGUGCACCCACUUCCCUCAGGACCAUUUCGAGUGUCCCCUCCUUGGGGAGGGCUCGCUCUCCUGGCGCUCCCUUCCUCAGCUUGGUUAGGGCACGGUUCUUGCCAGAAAGACUAUGUUGAGAAAGUUGGGGAUGUUUCUAAAAUCAUCUGACCCGGCUCCUCUGCUCCCAGUGGUGGAGCCGCCCUGCGGACUCCCGUGCUCGGGAGCGAGUGCUCGGGCGGGGGGGGGGGGGGAACACACCUUCUCCCCCAGAACUUUCACCUCGAAUCUGAGCCGACGGUGGCUCAGUCCGGCCGCAUGAGAAACGUGUGAGAGCGUGAUUUGCCACUUGAUUUGGAUGGCAGACGAGCGGGCCAAGGGUAUUCUCUGGAAAAAAUGAAAACACAGCUUAGUAGACCUCUCCGUCCGCACCACAUCGAAAAGUCUGGGGACCCAUAAGGGUGACAACCUGAACAAUACACAGUAACCCCCGGAGCUUUUAUGUUUAAGGAGUACAGCGUGAAAGUCUCCCUGACUGCAUCCCUAAACUUCAGACAGAAUUUUUCUGAUCACUAGGACUCCAGUUAAUGGCAUAAAGCAAAACAUAAUCUUUCUCGACUGUCAGCUUUAAAUCUGAACACUCACAGACACUAUGUUCCUCCUGCAGACGAGCAUGUCUGUCCUCCACAGUUGCCUUACUGCGUUAUCUCCACUGCUUUCGUUCUCCUGACCUGAUGAUCCUAGUAUAGAAAAUGAAAGUUUUGGGCCAGCACAAAUGAAAUGAAACCAAAAAAUAAGUAGAAGAGGAAAUCAAAUGAACAUGAAUAUGAGAAUUUCUUGUUCCUUAAUAUCACGGGUUUUGUUAAUGUUUUAUAAGUAAUUUUCCCUAUUUGAUUUUUCUUUUAUAAAAUCUCAUAGAACAAUGUUUAUGAUACAGCCAUUUAAUAUAUGUACAAAUUGUAAAGAAUAUGUAUAAAUGUUUUACACAAAUGUAAGAGCAUGUAGAAGCCAACAUAUAAAUAAAUUGUUGAAAACUGUACAGUAAAUUCUGAAAGCACAUUUUCAAAACACUUUGGUGUUUGUGUGAUUUUUUUUUUUUUUUUUUUUUUUUUUUUUGAUAAUUGCUUCUUGCUUCCAGCUGCUGAAAAUAGUCCAGGGAAUGAAUUUGUCCCCAAAACUUAAUUCUCCCAAUAGGAACUGAUCAUUUAAUUAUUUAAGUCAGAGUUAUCAGUCCUAGAAGCAUGUCCUAAUCACCAGAGAGCUGUAAGAAACAGAUACUGAUGCCCAGUGUAUCUGGGUUCUGCAGAGAAA